CAAACAGGCAGCGUAGUCGAUCCCCGAUAGUCACCAGUGUUAGCUAGCCGCAGAGCCAGCUGGAGCUACACAACAACAACAACAACAACAACAACCAAACAAACUUGCUUGGAGGCUCACAAGUGGUUUUCUCGGACAACUCGUUAAGCAGUGGGUCUUAUGGCUGAGAGCGUGGAUAUCUUUCUCAGGGCAAAACAUCGGACAUUCAACGGACUGACUGAAGAUGCAGAGCGUGAGUGGACGGGACCAUUUUGCUUCAUCCAGGCCGCGGACCCACAGCUCGGGCUGAUGAAGGCCUGGAGGGACGGAGACUGCGACGGCGGAGGAGACGAAUGGGCCGAAGAGGUUGAGCUCACCAAGCAGGCCGUGGAGGCCGUUAACCAGCUCAGACCCAGGCCGAGGUUCAUGGUGCUGUGCGGGGACCUGGUCCACGCCAUGCCAGACACGCCGUUCAGAGAAGGUCAGGAGAGAGACCUGAAGGCGGCCUUGAAGGGAGCAGAUCCCUCAAUCCCACUGGUGUUUGUCAGUGGGAACCACGACCUGGGCAACACACCCACCCCCGGCACAGUGGAGCAGUUCUGCAGUGAAUGGGGGGACGACUACUUCAGCUUCUGGGUGGGUGGAGUCCUCUGCCUGGUUCUGAACUCCCAGUUGUUCUACGACGCCUCGGCCUGCCCUCAGCUGAAGGAGGCCCAGGAGACGUGGCUGGAGGAGCAGCUGAGCAGAGCCGCCGCCUCCUCUUCAACGGAACCCAAACCCAAACACGUCCUGGUGUUCCAGCACAUUCCUCUGUACCUGAAGACGCCUGAUGAGGAGGACGACUACUUCAACCUGCAGAGGGCGGUCAGACAAAACCUGCUGGACAGGUUCAAGAAGGCCGGGGUGAAGGCGGUCUUCUCUGGCCACUACCACAGAAAUGCCGGCGGUUGCCACGACGGCCUGGACAUGGUGGUGAGCUCGGCCAUCGGCUGCCAGCUGGGCGGCGACACCCACGGCGUCAGGGUGGUGGUGGUGACUGCCGACAGUAUCGUCCAUCGCUACCACAGCCUGGAGCAGCUGAGAGCGGGAGGCGUGGACCAGGACCUCAGGAAGCUCCUGCAGGCCUGAGGGCGGCUGACGGGAGCAAAGACUGUUCGGCGGAGUUCGGCUGGGAUUUUGGUUUUUGGUUUUUAGUUUUUGGUUUUUGGAUUUCACAGUUUGGAGCCCCUGUUCUUAGAGGCUUCUGGAGUUUGGUGUGUUGAUGAGAUAUUAAUAAUGUUGAAUUUGACCAAUAACCCCAGAAAAUCUGUGUAUUCAAUAAAGUAAAAACAUUAACUUAAAGAUUCAUAUAGGGACAUGUGCUGUAUAUUUGCCCUGAAAUAAGAAAUCAGAGAAAGGCAGUGAUUUUUAAACCCAUAAAAACAAGACAACACGUCAUCUAAACAUUAUAAAUUAUAGAGUGUUAUGAUGAAAUUAAACUGGGUUUUAUGUUCUCUGUGCUGAAAGUUUUCCCAAGGAUUAUCUCUCAGCAGAAUGGAUGUUAUUAUCUGUGCUCCCGCUGCCCCGACGGGGCCACACAAAGAUCAGUGAAUGUGUUCUGAAGCUGGUGGUUCCUCUGUGGAGGAGCACUACCUCUCCGCACAGUCCUCCUAUAUCUGAAGUAGCAUUACCUCCUCUGACACCCACGCCGUCUGUCUGAGCAGCGUGAAACGUUCACGGUUCAAGAUGGUGUAGUCAGAUGUUACCAGAGUAACUUAAACUGUAUCCAAACUGUUUGAUCACUCAAGGAAGAGUCGUCCCUGAGAUGUUGACGUUUCGAUCCGAGCAGCUUCCAGAGGUGUGGACGAUGAAAAGAUGGAUUUCAGCUCUUCAUCUCCGUGUUGAAGGUUGGAGUUUUAUUUUGAAUGAUGCUAAAAUAUCCAGCUGCGAUAGCUCUCUCCACACUGUACGUCUGCUGAAGCUGCAGCGUGACGCCUGGUCGGCCAUCCUAUGCAAACUAAUCACAUCACUAUAUUGUGUAUGUGUUUUGUUUUUGUUGUUGUUGUUGUUUGUUUAACUCGGUGUGUUGUUUGACUCACCUGGAAGAUGCAGCGCUGACUCCUGACCUCUGAUCAGCUCACACACUGCCCGUCCAGGAAAAAGGUUUUUAUUUUACAGUUCAGCCUGUUGUUGUUGUUGUAGAGAAUCCAUGUUGAUUUGAGAGAUUAUUUUUAAUCCAUUUAGAUUAUAACAAAAAUGGAAAUCUUGUUUUUUUAAAGAAGUCCUGGUUGAUUAAAAAAAAUAAAGUCACAAUAUUUAUAGUAAAAAGGAAAAUAAAUGCUCCCAAUGAU